AUGUGGUUCCUAGGAUUCUCCACUGCGAACGCCAAGAGUUUCUUGAUAAUCGGAGCGAUUGUGCUGGUGAUCCUCUUCACCGUCGUCCUGAUGAAGUUGGUCGUCUACCUGGAUUCCCAGGAGAGUUCCCGGGGCGGCGAGAAGCCACAGGACGGGUCGAAGGCCGCGUGCUCGGUGAGCUGUGCGGCGGUGAUCAGGACGUACGCGCUUGAGGAGCUCAAGUGCGCGACAUGGAACUUCAGGGUCCGGAUCGGGGUUGGGGCCACGUCGUACGUGUACCUGGCCGAGCUUGGGGAUGGGAGGUUUGGCGCGGUGAAGCGGGUGAUGGAGGAGAGGGGAGGGAGCAAGAAGAUGUUCUUGGAUGAAGUCUCGGUCUUGCUCAGGAUCUCUCACCCUAAUCUGGUGGGCUUGUUGGGAUUCUGCUUAGAAGCAGGAGAACAACUGCUCCUACUCGAGUAUGUUCCAAAUAAGAGCCUAUUCGACAAGAUGCAUACUCACCGCGGCCAAUCUACUGGAACGCUUUCCUGGUCGAACCGCUUGAGCAUAGCCUUGGACAUAGCACAGGCCCUCGACUACCUCCAUUCGCAAGCUGACCCGCCAAUCAUCCACCGAGACAUCAAGUCGGCAAAUGUCCUCCUAAUCGACAAUGACCACGCCAAGCUUGCCGACUUUGGCCUCUGCAAGUUGGGCUAUGAGAGUUACUAUUCACAAACUCCAUGCAUCAUCAAAGGCUCCCUUGGCUACGUCGACGUGAAUUACCUAAAGACGGGCUACGUGUCGCCUAAGAGCGAUGUGUACAGCUUCGGAGUGCUCUUGCUUGAGUUAAUCACCGGGCUAAAAUCAAUGCAAGGUUCGGUGACAUUGCCUGAGUGGAUAGAAGAUAGCCGAAAGAGUGAAGAAGACGAAGCAUUGAUUAAAAUGUUGGAUCCUAAAUUGAAUGGUGAUGUGAAUAUCGAUCAACUGAGGAUGUUGGUUGACAUUGCUAAUUCGGCUUUGGUGGAGUACUCUGAAGCGAGACCUGAGAUGGGUCACAUUGUGUAUAAGCUUUCUAAUUGCAUAACAUUGCAGGUUCAACCAGAAUUGCCUGUUUAA